GCAAGGCGCCGCAUAGACGCAUGCGGAUUUGCUCCUUCCGGUUACGACUUCAUUUGGCGACUCAGUUGGGCGUCAUAUACGAGGGACGGAUAAUAUCGGCAAUGAAUCCUUUAACAAAAGUAAAGUUGAUAAAUGAGCUCAAUGCUCGUGAGGCAAAACUUGGUGUAAAGGAGUCUGUGUCGUGGCAUCAAGACUACAAAGACAGUGCUUGGAUCUUUAUGGGUGGGUUUCCCUAUGAGUUGACAGAAGGUGACAUUAUCUGCGUCUUCUCACAAUAUGGGGAAAUUGUAAAUAUUAAUCUAGUCCGUGAUAAAGUGACGGGGCGCUCUCGUGGAUUUUGCUUUCUGUGUUAUGAAGAUCAGAGAAGUACAGUGCUGGCUGUAGAUAAUUUUAAUGGCAUCAAGUUGAAAGGCCGUACAAUCCGUGUGGAUCACGUGGCCAAUUACCGGCCACCUAAAGAUGGUGAAGAAGUUGAUGAAGUGACACAAGCACUGAGGGAGAGAGGCUGUGGUGCUAGGACUCCUUCCCCGUCUUCAUCAGAGGGAGAUGCAGAGGAAUUCCAAAGGCCAAAGAAAGAAAAAAAGAAAAAGAGAAAAAAGGAAAGCAAGAACCAUUCAAGUGAAAGAAGCAGUGGAAAUAACCCGAUUAAACAAGAACGUGAUGAUCCAGGGUAUGAAAAAUACAAUACAAAGCAGCUGAGCUCCAGAGAUAAUCGGAAUGCUUCCCCAACAGAGACUGGCUCCAGAAGUGGUCUGCCUCAUUCUGACAAGCACAGAGCCCAUCAUAGUGCAUCAGAUAGACAUACCGAACAGAGACAUAAGUUACCGGAGAACAAACCCAGAGAUAAUGGAUCAAAAAGGCCGAAAGAAUAUGAGAAAAGGGAACAUGAGAAAAUAAGAAAAUGAUGUUAUUUCGUUAUAUAUCGUAUUUUUCGCCCUAUAAGGCCCAUAAGAUGCACCUAGGUUGUUGAGGAGGAAAAUAAGAAAAAAUAUAUUGUUAACCAAAAGGUGUGCUUUUGGUGGGUUUGAACUAAUGGUGGUCUGUG